AUGCAGCUCGGCCACAACGCGGUCGCUGCAGGCCAGGACUACGUCCAACGAAACCUGGGUGGGAUGAUCCCCGUCACGCACCUCAAACACCACUUCAAUGUCUCCAAUUCGUACGUCAUCCGCAAGCUCCGUCUCGUCCUCUUUCCAUGGCGCCAUCGUCCGUGGACGCGAAGGAUGUGGCGCUCCGAGCAGGGGCAUAGCGAGUUCCAACCGCCUCGCGACGAUAUCAACUCCCCUGACCUCUACAUCCCCGUCAUGGCCUUCGUCACGUACGUCCUGCUGGCCGCCCUCCAGUCUGGCCUCCAGUCCCGCUUCGACCCAGAGAUCCUCGGUCUAACCGCCACAACUGCCCUCUUCAUCGUCUUUGCCGACUUUCUCGUCCUCAAGGGCGGAUGUUAUAUCUUGGGCAUACAGAGCUCGUCUCCCGUCGUAGAUCUCAUGGCCUACUGCGGCUACAAGUUCGUCGGCGUGAUCCUCACGCUGACGGCUGGUCUGCUCAAAGCGGGGCGCACCGUCUGGAUGCUCGUCUUCCUCUACGCGUUCCUUGCGAACGCCUUCUUUCUGCUUCGCUCCCUACGCUCCGUCGUCCUCCCCGACGUGUCUGGCGCGCCCGCGGCCGUCGGUACAGUAUCGCACGCGCAGCGUUCGCGUCGCAUCACUUUUCUGUUUGUCGUUGCUGUCACGCAAGUGUUGUAUAUGGGUGUGCUAGUGCGGGUAUAGACAGCCUGUGUGUGCCAGGAGGAUGCGCUGUCGCCCCAUCUGUCGUUAUGCAUUGGACUGUGCUGCCGGUGCUCUUUCCUAUUUCACAUUACCAUAGUCUUCUCGUACAAGUUUGUCACUUGCGUCGGUAACGGCCGCCCCAACCCCGCGGUUCUGCAUGUC